AUGCCGGCUUCCGCUGUGGAACGUCGACUCUGCCGCAACAGUCACGCCUUACGGAAGGCCAUAAUCUAUACCCAAAGCACCCGGCUAGUCGGGUCGAUCUUCAUCGCCACAGCGGACGGGUUCCGUUUGUGUGAUUCCCCCAUAAGGCCCCGAGGUUCCCCACGCUCUCAUCGUUUGCGUGUGGCUUCAGCUUCCAGGAUCUGGUCUGCCUGUGGUUUCUUCUUCUUCUUGUUCUUCUUCUAUUUCGUUCCUGAAUUGCCACAUAGAACGGCCAAUAAACGACUGCCCCCCCCCAGGCUUUUUAGAGCUUCGUGGACAAGUAUUUGGUAUGCAAGUGGUGUCGGCCGUAUUCUUCACGACUCGGGCAACAUGACGUCGUUUUACGAGUUGAUCGGGGUCGCCAACAACCUAAACGAUGCCAAGCCGGCACUGAACCACAGGCCGGUGAUGCUCGGUGUUGUGAUCUCGUUCCUAGUUCUGACGCUGUUGUGUGCGAGUAUGAGAAUCUGGUGCCGUGUCUUCAUCGUGCGCGCCUUUGGUUGGGAUGACGUCUGCCUGCUCCUGGUGAUGGUAUCCCUCUCGGUUGGGACCAUUGGCGCCUGCAUAGCAACGAAUCAUGGCCUUGGGGAGCAUAUGAUUCUCAUGGGCAACAAGAGGUUUGUAAAGUACAUGAGUAUCUUUUAUGUCUGCAACGGGACGUUGCCUGUUUCCACCACCUUUAUCAAAGUCGCCAUUCUGCUUCAGUACCUUCGCACGUUCGAACGCGGUACCAAGUCUCGCGCCUUCACCAUCAUCAUCCUGGUCAUCACCGUCAUGUGGGGUACGGCCUACAUGUUCCUCGCAUGGGUCCCAUGCAUCCCCGUCGCCAGCUACUGGGACUGGUCCAUACCGCACCGAGGUCGCUGGGGAUUCGGGUCUCAGGUGGCGGAGGAGCUGAUCCGCACGUAUGAGAGCCAUGCCGCCAGCAACAUGGUCCUGGACUUCAUCAUCUUCGCAAUCCCGCUGCCGUUAUGCUUCAACAGCGAGGCAAGCAAGAAGUCCCGCAAGAGCGCGCUCGCGCUGUUCUUGUUGGGAAGCAUUGUCUUGAUGCUCGCCGCCUGGCGCCUGAUCGACCUGGUGAGGACCCGGGCCGGGACGUACCCUACGCUCGACGUGACCUGGUACGCGCCGCUGCCGAUGGUGCUCGCCAUCCUCGAGAUCGACAUCGCCGCCAUCUGCGCCUCGAUCCCCGUCUUCUGGCCGGUGCUGCAGAGCAGCAUGGGCAUGAUCUUCGUCACGCGCGAGGUCAAGGUCACCACGGAGAUGAUCGAGUCGUCGCCCCGCGGCGGCGACUAUGACGACUGCGUCGAGAUGUCGCGCACGGAUCUCUCGCUCUUCCACCAGUCGACGACGAUGCUGAACGACACGACCGGGCUGAUCGACCCCAGCACCUACGGCAACCAGAACGCCGGCGUGGAAACGACCCCCGUCAAGGAGACUGUGAUAUUCGGGGCCUAUAUGCAGGGCAAGACGACGUGCGACGUGGAAGCGAUCAAGGCUGUAUGA